CUCUUGUUGACUCUUCCUUUAACUGAUAAGAACUGCUGACCUCAAAUCUUACUGAAACAUGGCAAAACGUUGGAAUUAUAGUGUUUUAUUUUUUGUGCUGACAGUCUGGACAGGCGUCGCCGCAUGUCCGGACCGCUGGACCACAUUCAAUGGAAACUGCUAUUCGUUUGUCACUACCAAACUCAACUGGUUCCAUGCUGCGAAAGCGUGCAGAGACCAAGAUGCCUGGUUAGUUGACAUUACAUCCAAAGCGGAAGAAGACUUUCUACGAGGAACAAUUAAACACCUUCAUAUACACGACAAUCCUCAGACAAUCGGUUACUGGACAGGAGGUAAUGACCUUGAUGUGGAAGGUCAAUGGAUGUGGGGUUAUCCGAGUGGGUCUCCUUUAACCAGUACUGACUGGUUCCCCGGUGAACCAAACAACCACUGGUAUGAUGGCAGAGAGGAAGAUUGUAUUGCACUGUGGGGUCACGAUUCCCAUGACUACCAGUGGAAUGACCAGCCAUGUGAUGUACAGGACUUUUAUAUCUGUAAAACUGAAGACGCCACGGAUAUUGUUGGAUAGUGUGACUGAAUGUGGCAUUGUUUUAGACAGAGUUUCUUAUUUCGCCAAAUAAAUUUACUAUCUGCAAAAUGUUAUUACCUGAUUUCAAAAG